AUGAGGAAAAGAGGGAAUGGAAAGGGGAAGACGUUUAUUGUUUGGUCCCAAAGCUCCCCUGACGGCUUUGAAUCUGCCACCUUCAGAGUUGAAUCCCCAAACUUCGUAGCAUAUGGCAUUAGCUUCAAGAAUGAGGCGGCGACUGGGAUUGUAGAUAUCUCCCACAACCAGUCAGUGGCUGCGGUUGUGGGCGCAGACAAGGCUGCUUUCUACCAAUGUGCAUUUUAUAGCUCUUACAACACUCUGUUUGAUUACAAGGGAAGACAUUACUAUGAAGGCUGCUACAUUCAGGGCUCAAUAGAUUUCAUAUUUGGCCGAGGCCAAUCCAUCUUUGAAGUGAGUCCAUUUGGCUCGUUUGGAUUUAUCCUUGAAAUCACUUUUGCUCUUUUUUGA